UUUUCUACAUGAGAAUUGCAUCAGGGGUUGAAGAGAGCAACGCAAAUAAAAACCUGUCAUUGGGGAUUCAUAAUUCACCCAUAGCGCCUCUUUUAAUAAACUUCUUGCUGAGGCACUUGAACAACUUAAGUCGAAGCCAGACUUGUAUAAACGCAGCUGAUGUGUGCGGGCCGGCUGAGCUGAGAGAGGGGGAAAGAGGCGCCCAACCCAUUUCUUUUGUGCUGAAGCGCCUGUGAUUUCAUUCAGCUUUUCCCGGGCUGCUACUAUAAUGGGCUCCCUCGCUUUGAAUCGCUCUUGUAUCCGCGACUUGUCUUCUGUUGGUUAAACUAGAGCAAGCUUUUUAGUUGGCAGUAGUUUUGGAGCUCGGGAACUGGCUGAUGAAAUUUCUCGCCGAGCAUCUGGAAGGGUCCCAAUGAAAAUGCACGGGAGAAACAGGUACAACCUGGUGGACGAUGUGGCGGAUUCGCGAGUCCCGCUUCACAACGAGGAAGCGUAUCAACACGGAAUACACUUCCAAGCCAAGUAUGUUGGCAGCCUGGACGUCCCAAGACCCAACAGUCGAAUGGAGAUUGUCGCUGCUAUGAGAAGAAUCAGGUAUGAGUUCAAGGCAAAGAGCGUGAAGAAGAAGAAAGUGAGCAUAGUGGUUUCCGUAGACGGGGUCAAAGUGGUGCUGCGCAAAAAACCCAAGAGGAAGGAGUGGACGUGGGAUGAGAGCAAGAUGCUGGUUAUGCACGACCCCAUAUAUAGGAUCUUCUAUGUAUCCCAUGAUUCUCAGGAUCUGAAGAUUUUCAGCUACAUUGUUCGUGACGGAUCAAGUAACGCGUUCAGAUGCAAUGUAUUUAAGUCCAAAAAAAAGAGUCAGGCCAUGCGGAUAGUGCGGACGGUCGGUCAGGCGUUUGAGGUGUGCCAUAAGCUGAGUCUGCAGCACGCUGAGCAGAAUGCAGAUGAACAGCCAGACGGCCCUGCAGACGGCCAGAGCGAUCAGUCUGGAGAAGAGCCCAGCCCUGAAGCUCGUCAGCUGACAGGGAUGGAGCAUGGAAUAGAUGAUGUCACUGGAACGGAGAAACAUUCCACAAAGCUCAGUGAGCAAGCUAUGGAUGACGUUCUUCAGAGUCUGUCAGAGCUCAACGUGGUGAAGCCUGAACAAACCCUCCAGUCUUUACAAGACCUGGAGGGUGUCUCUCUCUAUACGCUAUCUCCCAGCAGCCCUUGCUCUCCUACUCUCACACCUUUGGCCACCCAACACCGCCUGCAGUUACUCCAACAACAGCUGCUACAGCAGCAGCAACAAACACAGAUCGCUGUUGCACAGGUGCAGCUCCUGAAGGAUCAGCUGGCCGCAGAGACCGCUGGCCGCAUGGAAGCGCAGGCCAGAACUCACCAGCUGCUGCUGCAGAACCGAGACUUACUGCAACAUACAGCGCUGCUGGUGAAACACCUCAGCCAACUGGAGGUCAGAGUCAGUGGAGCCACACAGAAGGAAGAAUCACCAUGGAGUAGUGUGCCCCCUCGUUCGCUCUCUCUCAACCUGAAGAACCUCUACACCCCUCACUCAGACCAGCCCAUCACCUCCACUCCAGCAGGACAGCCAGACAAUCCUCCUGUUUCCUCCCAUGCUGAGUCCUACCUCAAUCUGCUUAACCUGCGUGGUGCUCCCACCAUAACAGCCAAUGGGAAGCCAGCGAGUGCGACAAGUGAAGCGGGACUGGAUGCAGCAACAAGGGAAGUUGCUAAGUUAGAAACUCGGAAUUCAACAGCACUUGAUGAAAGGUAUAAACAAACCAUCCCUAAACUGGACCCUCCACCUCAGCCCCUGAACCGCAAGCGUUCAAACAGGACUCUCUCUCCGGGUGUCGAAGCAGAGUCAAGAUCUUCAGCUGUAGUCACACCUAUAAAUGGAAAAAUACUCACAAAUGUGAGCAGUAGCUCCUCGUUUCCUGACAUCACUCUAUGUUCCGUUUCACCUGGUGAUUUCUAUUCUCACACCAACGGUAACAGUCUGUCAUGUUCAGCCAGCGAGGAUUCUGGCGUGCGCUCGGAUGACAAAUCCCUUAUAUCCCCUCAAUCCAGAGACGACCCCUCUGAUGACCAGAGCUCUGCGUUCAUCUCCACUUCCAGUACCUGCAGCAGCUUACCUGAGGAUCAUCCAGCUGUGGAUGGAGUCACUCCACCGCAUUCUACCACACCGCUGGGAUAUGAGCAAACCAUCCCGUUCUCUUCUCCUGUCAAUGAUACCUGCCUUCAUAUAAGCCUAAGCGAAGAUGAGUUUCUAGAGGAGGGCAACUAUAAUGUCGCCACCCCAUGCAGGAGUUAGAAUCCUAAGCAAAAUAUGUGAAAUUCAGAAUAAUAACAACUCCAUGGUGUUGAACAAACAGAAUGAAGAAAGGUGGCAUAUUCGACAACUGAUCUGUGUAAUAUUAUCCACAAGCUUGCACUGAUUUUAUGCUGCAUCUUACUUUUUUGCUCCUUUUACCAUUUUUUCCACUCCUUGUUUUGGUCAAUGACUCUCCAAUUUUGUACCUUGCCCUCAAAUGAUUUUAUCUAUAAAAUUUCCUGAAAGAAUAUUUAGUAUGAUACAGAGUAGACUACUAUUGGCAGAUGGAUAGAGUGUAUUUUUUAGAUUGAAAUGAAUAGUUAUUUUUAGCAAUGAAUGAAGUGCAUUGGCUCCCACUAAGCUAAAUAGGAAUUGCUUCUGUCUAUUUUAGUUUUAUUAUUAUGUGUGCAAAUUGAUUUAUAUACUGUUUGAAUGUUAUUUGGAUGUUAAAGAGCAGUUAUGUAGCAAAGAAAUGCAAAAGUAUGUUAGCAGAAGGGACAUGACUGGUGAGACAUAGAAGAGAAACAUAGAAAUAUGAAGAAAUAUGAAAAACUUUCUUGCAGGAAUUCAAAUUGCGCACAUUUUGUUUCAUACAGUAAACUGUGUGACUGAAUAGCUAAGUACGGCAGUUUGAAUGGAUAGAUGACUGCAGACAAAUAACAGACUUGAUUAUGUCUAGACAUCUUGAAGGGCUGAACCUCUCUGAUUUUAAUGCUUCACCAAUCAAGGUUAAAUGAGAGAAGAUCAUUAUCACCUUUUCUAGGUGGAAAGGCUGCAACAACAAAAAAAAAACAGAGAGGGAAAGUAGAGGUGUUGCUUUAGCAAUACAUGCAGUAAUUUCCCCAUCCUUUUCUCAGUUAACUUGUGUCACCAUGUUGCCCUUAUGAUCCCUUCUUCAUAUAAACCACCAGAUUAUCUAUUUAGGAAUUUAAAGCAAGUUCAAGUGCAUCAGAUCAUUCCCAUGUGUCUAAGGCUGUUUAAAUCUCAAUGCUUUUUCUUUAUAUUGAAAAAGUAUCUCAUCUAAUUCAAACACAAAGACGUAUUAUAAAUAUAUACUGACUACGGAUCAUGGCCAGCUGCUUUAUUAUAAAUGGACUGGGACACUCAAGAUGUCAAUGACCAAAAACUGUGAAAUAGAAGUGUGCUAGUUGUAAAAAAAAAAAAAAAAAAAAAAUUAGUUUUCAUUAUUUCACAAUGAGACAUGCAUUUCACAGAGCCAUGGAUUUGUGUAUCACACAAAAGCAUAAUGUAUCAGGGUGAAUAAUAAUGAAUAGAGGCAAAUUAGACGAGGGUUGGACAAGAGGAAGUACCGAAGGGAUUCAUGUCAUUUUGAAAGCAAUGUUGUGAGCAGGUGUUUUUAGCUGAUUUGGGUUAGCAUGACACUUUGAGACAAGAAGGGAAGGAGAAAGAAAGAAGAUGGAAGUAGAGAAAGAAGAUGAAAAAUACAAAAAAUAAAUGGUGUUUUACUUGUGUUGUUCAAAUUAAAAAGAAGCAAUUAUGGCAAUAAAAGUGGAAUAAAAUGCAAA